AUGGGGUUUGUCAGACCUCUACCUUCGAUGAGGUGUGAAGAUGGCCGCCUCUUUCGGCCUCUCUCAAAUACUGCCUGGGGGAGGGAUCAUUGUUGCACCCGCGACAGAAAUAUUGAGUCCUGGCGGGCUGGCCAUCGGAUUCGAGUCCGUCUCCGCAAAGCAGCUUAUCUAAAUCGACUUCGACGGGAGUUUGAGCUUUCGAAGACAAGAGACCGUGAAACUAAACCACCCUGUGAGAGCAGUAUUCCUCUUGCAGACGAACGACUGCGCUGGCAGAGAGGUGAGCACAAAGUAGAACAGAACAUAACUAUCAAGUCUCGCGCUGUAAUCAGAAAAGAGCGGUUUCUUGAGAGAAUAGCUAGUUUCGAAAGAACCCCACGAUUGAGAUAUUUUCGAGAACUUCUGAGACCAUGCAAUAGCAGGUAUGAAUUACAACCGUUAUUGCAGAACCUCAGCACGGUACAGUUCGACAGUCGCGGAAAAAGUAUUCGCCUACCUCGGACAACUCCUCGAAACGUUUUGAAGAGGAGACCGCGUAAAAUAUUCUCCUUGUCCAAGGAGAUGUUCAGCGGUUUUCUUCCCCACUUAUCGAGAGGUUGGGAUCAAGUAGAUGUCCAACCUAUUGACAGCGUUUUCGACAGUUCCGAAAAGCCUUUGUUUGGAAAUUUUGCUCCAGUACCAAAGAACGGAGCGAAAGGCAGACCCAAUAGAAGAUCGUGCAAACUUUCCAACGCGUUGAAUUAUCGUCGUUUUGGUAAGAAACUGGUUUCGCUUGCCAAAACUGCUAUGCAUCUUCCAGAUUCAACAUGGCGAGAUGCCCGAGCCGUUUUAAGGAGAUGCAAGUUAAAACUCCUUCACAAGGCGAAUUCUACAAUCGUACAGCAGCAUGUUCGCCACCGUGUUACUCAGUACUUCCAACACGAGUUCGACCUGGGAGUUCAGGUGUUUUGUCACGACAGGAGCUUUCCGGAGGAAAUCCAGGGUCGGAAGUACGCCUUUGCUAGGCUACAAGGAGUGAUUGGAAACGAUCCCGCCCCUAUGCCGGAUCUCGCACAUGAGUCGCAGAUCGGCCCGUGGUAUAAAGAAUUGGAGCGACAGAACCUUGAAGCUCGGGUGAGAGGGACCAACACACUUGAUCUUGAUGUGCGACGAAAAGCUGGCUACCUCUGGAAUCAUUCCGAGAGAGUCCAUAAUGCUAUAGCAGACACUUGUCCCCCGUUUGCGGAGCCAAUCGAAGUCUCAAAUCAGAUUGAUCCGGCAGAACAUCCUUCCUCGGGUCCUGUAGGAACACUUAGACGCUGCGAUCAAGCAGACCUCAACGCUUGGAAAGAGGACAAUGGAUAUAGCUCUGGUGAGGAGUCUCCACGGUCCAAAGCUCCGAGAGUAGAAGAUUGGGGUGACCACCACAUCAAGUCAAGCUCAACAGCCAGCGGCAGUCAGCACCAAACAACAAUAUCCGAACUCCUGUUACAACAUCUCUCGGUUGAAAGUAAGCUCCGUGAGCUCCAUGAGCUCGAAGACAAACAUAAAGUUGAGUUACGCGAGGAGAUUGCAGUGAUUGGAUCUGGCGUCCUUGCGCAAGAUGAGUUUCAGGCGACUCAUUCUUCAAGCACUUCUGAGAGCAACUCUGAGAGACACAGCCAAGAGACUCCUCGAGAUACAGUAAUUACGGAAGCCAUAAAAGAUCCAGAAAUUGAAGAGACUGGCGCUGAUCAUAGGAUUUUCGACAAAGGACGGGUGGCUAGCGAAAAACUCCAUGACCAAGACGAUGUUCAUGGAACCAACUCUCAUCAUCAUCCAGAAGCAGCCAUUAGCCAUCUUGUUGAACCCAUCACGGCUCUUCGCCGACCUGAAUUCCUUGGGACCUCAGAGGAGGAGAUGCUGGUACGAAAAGAUCUACAGCGCCUCAAUAAAAGGGCCAUACAGGGUUACGAAGCGUUUGCAAGGAAGGAUAGUAUUGCUAUGUCCAAGCAAGUGUUCAUGGCAUUCGACCUCAAUAAUAAUCCAGAUUUCACUAUAGGUCCGCCUAGGAGGAGGAGAUUUAAGACCAAUACAAUCGGCGGUAUGCAAGGACGUGCUGCUACAAUUUCCGAGCAGCGCCAAAAUGUAAGCAAGCAGGAUGCCGUUCAGAUGCCUUUUCAUGGAAAUCUUCAGGCCAAUACUCGUUAUCCAGCGUUGUGUGGUGAACCGAAUGAUCCGGAUCCCAAAGCCAAGACUAAAGGACUCAAGGAACUUCGACUUCUGAGCCAGCGGGUUUGUUCACCAAAUCGAGACCACCGCUCGUUCUCGGUGCCUCCUGUUGCUGGCAAUAAUGGAUCAGAUGAUCAAGCACAAUAUGGACACGGCCUCGGGCUGGUUGCUGACAAUCGAGCUCCGGACAAGCUUGAUGAGCAUCUCCUGCGCGGCAAGAAGUACUGUCCACGUGUAUCCAGACUGCAAUAUCGACCUCCGGUGCUGCCAGUGUUGCCAACACGAGAGCUUCUGCUUGGUCGCGCUCGCGCAGAGCGGCUUGAGCUGGGACUUUAUCACGAUGAGAAGAAAGAGAUUGAAAAGCAACUUUUGUCGCAGGAUCAGGAGCAAGAGCAGUCGUCUGGCGAUGCACGUACAAGUGUUGUUGACGAGGGUGCAAGUGUAGGUGCAGGUGUAGGUGUAGGUGGUCAACCGCGAUCUCGAUGUCGUCGGACUCGCUUUGGCAUGGGCGCUACUCUGCAGCCACUUCGGUUAAAGACCCUGACUGAGCCUAGAUCGGGCGAGGGACAGGGAGAGGGAGAGGGACCAAUGCCAGGGCGGCUCGGGCGGCCAGCCUCAGGGUCCCUUCCGGCGCUUGGUCAUGCAGGGGCAAGAGCAAGAGCAGAGGUAGCCGCGGGCGUGAAGGGGGCCAAGACCCCACAUCCACGUGCCUCGAGAGACGAGGCUGGAGACACCAACAGCAAAAGCAGCAGCAGCAGCAGCAGCAGCAGCAGCAGCAACAACAUCCAGAGACCGAGGGAGGACAACCACAAGAAGAAGCAGAAGAAGAAGCAGAAGCAGAAGAAGAACGAGAACGAGAACGAGAACGAGAAGGAGGGGAGUAUCAGAGGUGACCAAGAUCACACUCAGGACCGCAUUCACGUUCACGUUCACGUUCACGUUCAACCCAAGGAGACCAGCACCGUCAGUCCACAUCCACGUGCUCACGCUCGCACCCGCACUCGCGCUCGCGCUCGUGGUCCCAGAUUCGUCGGUAGACCGUUGUUGUCGGUGUCGCGACCACCUCUACUUGGACCCCGCCCGCUGCCUCCUGUUCCUGCUCGUGUCCCCAUCGCCUUCCGCUGUGUUCCCUCUCGGCCUCUACCACCUCUUCCGUUCUCGCCCCCCACGACUCCGGUUCCAAUUCGCGUCCGGCCCUCAUCUCUAUUCUCCUCAUUGGCAGCCUCACCCCUACCGCCAUCUCCUCCGCCUUCUCCACGUCAAUUGUCUCAGGAUAUCAGAGAGCCCGUGAACUCUUACGUCGCGGACUGUUCUGAUCGAAAAAGCGCUCCAAGCCUCCCGCUGGGUCUGCAUCCACUGCUCCAAGACGAGUCAGAGUUUAUUUCUUCUCCCGCCUUGGACUUGACCGUUCGGGCUGUAACAGUAAGCACGCUCUUGGGAGUUUAUCCACUUGUCCCAACCGAUAAACACUACGUUCCUUCUCCUGCCCCGGAUCCGUUUGAGAGGGCAGGUUCUCCUAGAGCGCCAUUACCUUCGUCUGCACUCUUUGAAGAGUACAAAGACCUCAAUUGUGUUGUCCCAUUCGAACCAGCCGACACGACAACUACAAUCACUCCUAGCGGGCCUGUUGAAACAUUCCCUCCACGACCCCGUGCGGUGAUUAUCGGCAAAUCACCAAUCAUGGAAAACAGACUCACAGUCCGGUCUCCAGAGGUCAGCGCCGUUCGUCUCAAGGCCAUCGAAGAUGCUCGUCAAAUGCAGGCGAAGGUGGUCGAGGAAUGCAACAGGUUGAAGAAAGAGCCACCUCCUUACGUGCUUGAGGAAUUGAUUGGAAAGGGAAGCUUUGGCCGUGUUUACAAGGCGAAAAACAUGGCAUCCGCAGCUGUCGUUGCAGUCAAGAUCAUUGAUAUUGAUGAGAGUGACACUAUUAAUCCGCGGAACGCAGACUCCUAUAGCGAGUUUCUCAAAGAAGUUGCCGCUUUGAAGCUCUUGAGCGAGGCCAAUGCGAAGAACAUAAACUUAGUCAUCGAUGCGCUACCUGUCCUACAGGCGAUGUGGAUGAUCACCGAGUAUUGUGGUGGUGGAAGCGUGGCAACACUCAUGAAGCCUACCUCGCCCGGUGGGCUUCACGAGAAAUGGAUCAUCCCCAUCCUUCGUGAAGUCGCGGUAGCAAUAUCGUGGGUACAUCAAGCCGGCAUCAUCCAUCGUGAUAUCAAGUGUGCGAAUGUGUUGAUCACCGAGCAAGGCGAUGUGCAACUCUGUGAUUUUGGUGUUGCAGGAGUCAUUGAGAGCAAGCUCGACAAGAGAUCUACUAUUAUUGGAACUCCUCAUUGGAUGGCUCCCGAACUCUUUGGAUCUUCUCCAAGCUAUGGAAGUGAGAUUGACAUAUGGGCAUUUGGAUCCAUGGUAUUCGAAGUCGCAACUGGCUAUCCUCCCAACGUUGCAAAUGGAGUAACUUAUGAGCGGCUUGGCAGUCACCUACAGACCUAUACACCCAGACUUGAAGGUGGCGAAUUCUCAGACAAGCUAAGAAGCCUUGUUGCAUACUGCCUUGAAGAAGACCCAAAGGCGCGUCCUACCAUCGAUCAGGUCCAAAAACACCCAUACAUCGCAAACACAAGCUCCUCGCAUCCGACGUCAACACUAAAGGCACUCGUUGGGUCUUUCAAAGUUUGGGAAUCGCGAGGUGGCAGCCGGAAGUCUUUGUUCAUGGCACAUGGUGCACAAGGAUCUACUCCAGCUUCUGCUUCACAGGAUGACGAGUGGAAUUUCAAUGGGACUGAAUACUUCGCAGACAAUGUUUGGGGCCAAUACGGGGUCAAAGAUGUCAUUGAAGCAUACGGACCUCAGGUUGUUGGUUACGUGGAUGAGACCACUCGUCCUCCCCCAAAGGUUUCACGGCGAAGACCACCACCACAGGCCCUGUCACGCCUUCCGGUCGCACCUUUGGAGAAGAUCUUCGAUCCAAACACGCUGUCUAAUUAUGAUGACAACAGUAAGGCACAUUAUGGCCGAAAUAUGAUGAUGGAGCCGAGAGAGUCGGGCUCAUCUGACCGCUCAGAUCUGCCCUUGCGUGAUGAUUCAGCGCAAAUCUCAAUCCGUGAUACCAUGAUAGAUCUUGGAGGUCACGAUCCAGAAACCGGCCUUUCGAGCUUCCCUGAUAUGGAUACGAUUAGGGCUGGGCGACGUGGACGCGAGGAGAUCGAGGACGAAUACAACCAGACUCUGCAUGAUUUUAGUAGGCCAGCGCUAAGCGACCCUGCAGAAACAAACAACAAUCGGCGAACACAAGAUUGGAAGUUCCCUUCCAUGGCUGCUCCAGCAUCCGCAGAGCCCGAGGUAUCUCGAUUUCCCACUACGUACGAAGUUCCCAGGCCCUUAAUGACACCCGGAUCCGGUGGACGUCCCGCGCUGAUUCACCAUCCAACUGAACCCCUUGGAGCUUUUGGUGGCGGCCUUGGCCCAGUACAGCCCACAUUGGAGAGAUUAUCUAUGCGGGAGUCUCUCAUUGAUCUAGACAUGAGUAUGCCGGAUUCGGUACCAGAGUUCCGUCGCCCAUCGACUGCAAAUUCAGAUGUUGGUUCUGCUACAAGCGAGCAGAUGACAUCUGGAAAUCCUUUCGAGCUCGAGAAGCAUGCAUCACUGUAUCAGCCGGUCCCAGUUGAAGUGGGUAGGGAGCCUUCGAUCUACGUCUCGGACGAGACCGCGAUGCCCCCACGUCUACGUAAUGGAAACGCGUUUCAAGAGCUUGCCGAAAUGUCAGACUUUUCUGCAUCUGAUGCCGAAGGUCCAAAUGGUCGCAGUCGCCACGACAGAAAUCUGUCGUAUGAAGAUUCUGAUGACAGCUAUUACGUCGUUAAUCCAGGGCCAAGUGAAACACGAGAGAACCGUAACCGGAUUCCGCAAUACGAUGGAGCAGAUGACAGAGACUAUCUAUCGAUCCCACCGCCCCCAGUUCCCCCAACAGAAGAACUUCCGCUUCCAGGGUCUGACUCAUUCCCUAUACCGAGAUUUCCCGAUCUACCACCACAUCCGUCGCGGUCAUCACUGACUGGCACUGCUUCUCAGAGUGAGAUGACAAUGGAGAUUACUAGAAUUGUAGCCGCUAUGAAUUCGCAAUUGGAGACUUUCAAGGACGUCUAUGAUUCGAACGAUGUCAUUCAACGACACAAUUCAAACCGGAAACUUGACCGUCGCGAAGCUUCUCAAUGA